AUGGCGCCGUGGGGACGGCUACUAUGGGCUGUGUACCUACGGGUUGAGGACGUGAUCGUGGCCCAGAUCCUGCGCAGUCCGACCUUCCACCGAGGCGUCCGGCGAGUCCACCGACACGUGGAGGAUAUCCGGUACGGACGCGAUCCGAACGAUCCGUUGCGGCCGGGCGAGGCGACAGCCGAACAGAAAGGGUCGAGUGGCUUUUUUAAGCAUUUUGUUGAGGAAUUGCGGAAUCAGGCGCGGGGGAAACCGACUGAGCCGCCUCCGGCUCCGCCGAGGAAGUGA